UCCCCAAAGCUCCAGAGAUAGAUCCAAUAGAGUGUUUGGUGGCUGACAACUCUGUAACAGUAGCUUGGAGAAUGCCUGAAGAAGACAGUAAGAUUGACCAUUUCAUAAUGGAAUACAGGAAAACUAAUUUUGAUGGACUUCCACGUGUAAAGGAUGAACGCUGUUGGGAGAUGAUUGAUAACAUUAAGGGUACUGAAUAUACAUUAUCAGGCUUAAAAUUUGAUUCAAAGUAUAUGAAUUUCAGAGUGCGAGCUUGUAACAAGGCUGUGGCUGGAGACUACUCUGAUCCAGUGACCCUAGAGACCAAAGCACUUAACUUCAGUUUAGAUAACUCAUCAUCCCAUUUGAACCUGAAAGUUGAAGAUACCUGUGUAGAGUGGGAUCCCACUGGAGGAAAAGGGCAAGAAAGUAAAAUUAAAGGAAAAGAAAACAAAGGCAGAAGUGGUACACCUUCCCCCAAACGGACAUCUACAGGCUCCAGGCCACCAGCAGUAAGAGGCAGCAGAGACCGUUUUACUGGGGAAUCAUACACAGUGCUGGGUGACACUGCUAUUGAAGGUGGACAGCAUUAUUGGGAAGUAAAGGCCCAGAAGGACUGUAAAUCCUACAGCGUGGGAGUAGCAUACAAAACUUUGGGAAAAUUUGAUCAGUUGGGAAAGACAAACACUAGUUGGUGUAUCCAUGUCAACAACUGGUUACAAAACACAUUUGCAGCCAAGCAUAAUAAUAAAGUCAAAGCUUUGGAUGUUACUGUGCCUGAGAAAAUAGGUGUAUUUUGUGAUUUCGAUGGAGGUCAGCUUUCUUUCUAUGAUGCACACUCAAAGCAGUUGCUGUAUUCCUUCAAGACAAAGUUUACUCAGCCAGUACUACCUGGUUUCAUGGUUUGGUGUGGUGGACUUUCUUUGAGUACUGGGAUGCAGGUUCCAAGUGCUGUGAGAACACUUCAGAAGAAUGAAAAUGGAAUGACUGGUUCUGCUAGCAGCCUGAACAACAUUACUCAGUAGAGCUGACUCCCGAUAUGUUCACCCUUCCUCUCUAAUUGGGUGACCUUUCAGUGCAGUUACUAACCGACAUUUGUGAGUGGUAGAAAUCAGGUUUCUUCUGCUUUAAAGGCUGGAAUCCAUUAGUUUAAGCACCAAAUAGGAGUCAGUCACAGGAAUCUACUGUGCAAUAUUAGCAAGCAGGUAUGGUGCAAAAGAUUGAUGUUUGGAAUAGUAAAUAGGAAAGGGGCAGUGUUUAAAUAUUUACAUAGAAACUGAUUUUUCUGUUUCAUAAGCUACUUUGUCUCUUCUGGUCGGUUUAAUUACAUAGUAACCUGAGGACCUGGCCCAAAGCUUAUAUAGCUUGCCUUUCCUCCUCACUGGUCUUAUUUCUUUUCCAUCACUAGCUUUUCUUAGUUCUUACACUGAAGCUUUAAAAAUACAAGGUCCUUACCUAAGGUUUCCUAGAAAUUGAAAUCACUGAGGAUGAUAGAGAAGUUUUCUCAUAAUGGCUUACUUUCCCUCUUUUACAAGUAAGCUGCAUUUUUGUUUAAAUUAUUUAUUGACUAGAUUUAUAUCAUUUUUCCUCUCUAAAAUAUAUUUUUCAUGUAGUUAUAACUCAAAAUAUAAAGCAGAUAGGAAGAAUUUAAACAGCUCAAAAGUCAGUCGGAUUUCAUUUCUGAGUCUGGUACUGACACAGUGCCAGAGGGCGUGUCCUCCCAUGCUGCUCCUCACUUAGCCCUCUCAUUCCCUCCCUGCUGUGGCUAAAAUUUUAGAAAGUUGUGUUUUCUGAUUUUCUCAUUUUAAUUUUAGCUUUUAUAGUUAUUUUUGAGAAAAUUUCUACUCAAAUUUGGCCCAAUUAUAAUUAUUGCUGAUUUUUAUCAUUAUUAAUAAGAGUGGAAAUUUAAUAAUAUGGAUUUAUAAGAUGUAGAAAAUCAUACAUUACUUAUUUUUGUCAAAGAAAGAUAGGUUAUAAAGGACAGUGCCUAAAGUCUUCUUUACUGAAAUAUUUUACAUAUUAUUUUAAAUAAGAUGUAGAAUAAUUAAAACAACUGGUUUUGAAAAAGAUCUGCAUAUCUCUGACUUAAUUGGCAUUUGAGUUUUUUAAAACAGUCAUUUGAAGUUUAUUUUUUUUCUCAGUCCUUUCACUACACCCAUUUGCUUUCUAAAAGGUUAUGAUUCUUCCAGAAAUGAACAUAGACAUCUUUCCCAAGUCUGGGGGAAUAUGUAAAACAGUGAGUAAAACCUGUGGCUAGUAAACAGAAAAAUCUGUUCUUAAAAUUUUUAACUCACAUCUUUUGAGCCAAACUAAAAGUUAUAAUGACAGUAUUUUAAGGAUGCCUUCAGAACUUUAAAGAAAUGAGAAUUUGUAUUUUGCUUAAUUUCUGAAACUUUAAUUUCUCUUGUGGCAUUUCUUUCAUUAUGGUUUUAAGUAUCUUGUGCAUGAUAACCUUCCUUCUAGAAGUGUCCACUACUGCUAUAUAUAUGCAGCUCAUAGAAUAGGAAUUUACUGCUUAUGGCAUGAUUUUUGUUGUUGUUCUUUUGAUGAAAAAAACUGGACCUACGAUAUUAUUUUUUCUUGACAACAGAUACCCACUCUCUUAUCUGAUAACAUGUUUAAGGACUCAAAGCAGUCUGUAGAAUGAAGGGUGUCUGUAGCUUUUGGUUCUCCGAUGCAAUGUUUUACAUUUUGUUCCUCAUAGUUUGAAAGAAAAUUUUCAGUGUUCUCCUCCCUAUAAGAAGGGUAUUUCAUGACCUAAGGAAAAUGGAGUUAUUCAAACCCGAAAGCAGUAGAUUUUUGGAGUUGUUUUAUGUAGCUACUCAAUAUAUUUUGGCAAAGAUGACACAGGAAAAGCCAGAUAUUCUUGUAUAGAACUUUUUACUGUAUUUGUCUUGUAUAAUUGUAUCUUCUCAUUUAUACAGUGCCUUUUUCCUCUAAGCAUGUUCACCGUUGACUGAAAUUUAAGCCAGGCAGCACUGUAUAGUGGCAAGGGCUUUCUGUUGCAGGGGUGUGGGAAAAGGAAGUAUCUGAGGAGCUGGAGGAAUGCAUAUGAUGCUUUCUAGUCCUCGUCCUAUCAUUUGAGACCUUUUAUAUAAAACUUUCAAACAUUCAUUUGAAAAAAUGCAUUCAUUUCACUGAGAAGGUGUUCUUUCUCAGCAUAGUGUAGUAAUAAAUAUAUAAAGUCAGUAAAUCCAAAAUCCAAGUUCUCAUCACAUGUGAUACUUGGUAUUAACAUUCAUUACUUCAAAAUAAGAAUCUAAGGUUUUCCUUCCCUCUAAUUUUUAAGGGUCUCUAAAAAAAGAACAAAAUGUCUAGUAUUGUAGUUGAAAAAUCUUAAGUUUAUUAAGUUAAAAGUUUGUCACUCUCAUUUUCAGACUAAAAAUAAUUGAAUACAGUGCCUAUUUAAAUUUUCUCAAAAUAAGGUAACUAUUAGCUUGAUUGUAAUAUGUAAUGUUCUCAUUAUCAUUAGAGUUAAAAAUAUUGAGCUUUCUUGCUCAGCGCAGUACAUUGUAAAAGCUGGCAAACCUUUCAGGCAUUCUUUACUGCUUUACUGUUUGCUUUCCCCAGUCAAACGUGACUGCUUUCCAUAAAGGAAAUGCAUGAGAGGUUGACUGUAAUAGAUAAAUCACAGGUGUGAAAAAUACGUUUUAUAAAAACAUGCUUACCUAUUGCAUUUCCCUUUUACCAGUUGAAUUCCAAACCAGUUUUAUUCAACUGGAUAUAGACAUGAAGGAGCUGCCUUAAGCACUUUAGAAAAAGAAUUUUUGUACAAUUCAUUUUGACUCAGCUUAUUGUGUCACAUACAUCUUUUAACUUUUGGUAAAUAUGUAUAUACCAAACAUUUAAUGACUAAUGCACACAGAAACUUAAUAUCUAGUGAGUCUUUGAAUGUUCCAAGUAUAGAUUUAAAAAGUAUUGGGAGCAUGUCUGUUUGUCUGUUUAAUUGAUAGCAUCUGUACCAUUGGCUGUGAACUGCUGUACAUCUGAACUGGAUCUUCUCAGUUUGUUUAAAAUGUUCUGUUCUGAGUCUCUAAAAUGAGACAUCUGACUUGCAGUUAUUCAUUUAUGAAAUCAAGCCAGCAACAAUAUCAUGUAUAAUUAGAAAUCUUGUGGUUCAUCCUUGGUAUAAAGAAUAAAAGUAAAUAUUUGUGAUGAAAUAUUUUAAUUAGGCCAAGAUACUCUGUUUCAUGACUUACCUAGAAUGAUUAGUUUUUCUUUAUAUCCUUUUCCAGAAAAUUGUAGCUAUUUAUGUAUUUUCAGUUCUUUCAAAAAAACUGGAAAAUUUUUGGAAAGGAAUAUAUAUAUGAGAAGUGAUUAUUACAAAGAGAAUUAAUUUUUAAAGACAGUAUAAAAGUAUAUGAAAUGUAUUAUUCUAGACUAAAAACUAUUUUAAGUCAUCGUCUUUUAAAAGUAUAUUUGUUGGAGCAGAAUUUAUUCAUUAGAUAAUUCACAUAACAAAUAUUUGAGUUUCUGUCAUAUGGCAGUCAAUUUGAUUACUUUGCAUUCAGGUUUCCAGACUAAUAAGGUUUAAUUUUCUAAAUACAUCUCAUUCUUCUGCUUUCGAAUUGUUUGGUAGACUUCAUCUAAAACUAAUAUUUUGCUGAUGUCAUUACAUAUUAAAAAUACGUUGAUAGGCUGAUGAUACCGCUCAGCUGGUUCUGCCAAGAUGCACUGAUGAUCUGAGUUCAGUCCCUGGGGCCCAGUGGAAAGGAAAAAUCCAGCUCCCACAAGUUCUCUCCUCUGACCUCCACACAGACAUGCACACCCAUACACAAAUAAAUGUAACUUAAAGCUUUCAAAAAGUAUAUUUGUUAUAGCUCAUUAAAAAAUCCAUCAAUUAACUACAUAUGGCAAUAGUUAACUUUCUUAUGGUCACAAAUGUGGGUCUGGAAAAAAUUCUUUGAUUUUAUUUUUACACUAUACAUAUUCUUCGAGAGAAAUGUGUGGUAAGCAUAAAUUACUCAGUAUCCAAGUAACCAUAAAAGGUUAUUUGUUAGUUUUUACCAAAAAUACAGCUUUUCAAGUUCUAGCACUCAAGUAUUAUAUAGGUAAUACAUCUUUUCUUAAUCAUCACAGCAAAAUUACCUCAUGGUCAGUACAUUUUUAGUUUUACACGUAUCUUAACAGUAUUCACAUUCUUCAACUUUGUGAUUCUGAUGUCAGUAUUUUGUUGCCUGAAAUGAUUAACCUAAAUAUCUUAAGGAUUUUUGAAUUAGUUGGAAUUUAAGUGGAUUACAUUUGCUUCUGUUGUUUGCAAAGAAAGGUUGGACAUAACAUAUAAAGGUUAAUAUUGGCUUAGAAAAUAAUCCUACCUUGACUACUAAAAGUAUAUUUUUUUUCUGGGUUAACGGAGUUACUUUGAUUCAUAAUCACUUAAGCUAUGUUUGUUUAAAAUGGUAUAUAUUUUUAGUAGUACUCAGUCAAAAUAAGUUGGUGUUUAGGAAUAAAUGUAUAGAGAAUUUUGCAGUAUAUAGGGCAGAGGUAGGUGAAUGUAUUUGCUUGGCCUGAAACUUAAGUUUGAACUAGUUUUAAAAUAAAUCAAAUUGUCAGAGAUUGGUAAAAGGCAUUUUAGUAAUAUUGGAUUGUUUCAGAGAGUACAGGACUUUAGGGAAAAAAUGUUUUUAGCAUUUCCAAUAUCUAAGGUACCAAAGCACUGAGUCUAAUUCACUUUUUAAGAGGGAUGCUUUAAAAUCAGAUUUAUAACUAAUUCAUAUAUAUGGUAUAUAAUUGCUAUGGUAUAUAAUUGUUUUGGAAUAACAUCAGUUAAAAGCUACUAUUUAAAAUGGCCAUAUAUGAUAGAAGAUUUGGGGCAUUUUCCUCUUUAAAUAUUUAAUAUUAAUCAGCAUAACGCUACCAUAUCCUAACCUAUAACCUCUUUGUAAAUCACUCAUCACCAAUGGCCUCUAUUGCCUUAGUUAAAAUAAUUGUAACUUGUUUAGCCUACCUCACAGGGCUGUUGUGAGGAAUAUAUUGAAAUGGAAUCCUAUGUAAAUUUAACAUGUUAUGUUUAGUUAAUAAUGGCUUUAUGUGUUUGGGCACUUCUAAACACUGUUUACUUUGAAAAAAACAUGUUCUUAAAUUGGUAUCACCAGUGAUUUUACAUGUGGUUUUUAAAAUAAGACUGCCUAUUAAAAUACCCUUUACUGUUUGUUUUGUUUGUGCAUUAUUUAGUCUUUGUAUAUUUUCUUAUCAAUACAAAGCUUCUAGAGUUGUAAAUGUUCCCCCAGAGCAUUCAUGUAUGAAAAAAGAAGCCUAAAUAAGUAAAUUAAUUCAGCUACUUUUCCAUCCUGGAAUUUGCCCUUUCCAUUUGGGAAUGCCCAGUGACACAUGCAGGAGAAAUUUGGCCAAACUAGCUCUUUUCAACCAAAUGAUUGAACAAUUUAGUGUUGUUGGACAAAUAUUUGACAACUUUGUUGAAUUGUCUUUUCUUUUUAAAGAUGAAACGUUUUGGAACUUUGUUAGUUAACCGAUAUAUCAAUCAUUAUCUCCCAUGACUUUUUUUUUUUGCUUUAAAUUGUGCUUACUAAAUAGUUUACAAGUUCUCUUACUCCACAGGUUUUGAUGUCUAUUAUCUGGCCAUGAUUUUGCUAUGCAGUUGUGAUUUUUAAAAAACUUCUAAUUCCUCAGGUUUAACCUUCAGUUAUGUACAGAUGAUGCCCAUAUGCUGUAUUCAGUGCUGCCAGAGUGUUUUAAAUGUGCACAUUGCCUCAUUUUCUUUAGAAACAAGCCUUUUAAAUGAUUUUUUAAAUUUUAAAAAUAGGAUGUUGAAAGCAGAGUACCUUGUAUGUUGAAAUGAUUGUAUGUUCUGUGUAAAAUGUCCCACUUAUGUUUUUACAAAAGCACCUGGACUAUUAAACUUUUUUCUUUGCUUUCUUUU